AUGGAUGAAUUGGAUAUGUUUAAUGUUCAUAAUGAAGAGGAGGAGGAUGCUAAUAUGAAACCAGAAGAUAGAAAACAUUUGUUUAAGAAAGAACUUCUUAAAAUGUUGUAUGGUUUUGGUGAUGAUAAAGUUCCAUAUGAUAAAACAUUAGAUCUCCUUGAAAUAAUGGUAUGUAAUUAUGUACGGGAUAUAUCAGUGGCGGCUUUGAAUGUCGGAAAACCUGAUAAAAUUACUUUAGAAGAUAUUCAUUAUCUUAUAAGUAGAGAUCCAAAGAAAUAUGGUCGUGUUAGAGAACUUCUUUCCGCAAAUCAAGAAAUUAAAGUUGCUAAAAAGAAAUUCGAAGAUAACAAAUUUUAA